AACAGUUAUCCUUUACUUGGAGCAACUGCAUUAGACACCUGACGGCCUGAUUAGUACCAGGCUUGAGAGAGAUUAACUAGCAAGGAAGAUGCCAGAAAGGAGGGUGAUUAUCAACUCAGUCUAGCCCUUGGGAGCCUAGAGAAAUAACUGAGUGGAUCAAGUCAGAAGGCAACCAGACUGCUGUCAACAUCCUUGCAUCAUGGCUGAGGAGACAGACACCCAGGACACCAACAUGAAUCAGAGGACAUACACAAAGAGGAAGUUUCUGUGGCGAGUCAGACAGAAAUGGAAACUGUUGGGUCUGUUUGAGAUUGACCAAGAUCAUGAAUUUUACGACUUUACCUGUAUGCUGAAGGAGGGUUUAACAGCUGCAGUCCAAGUCUCCAUCGACACUCCACGAUUGGGUUUACUGAAUGAACCAGACUUCAGUGCUGUGCUAACUCAGGUGCACAAGGGCUUUGAGAUGAAGACGUUUGCAGGACCUGUAUUUGCACAAUUCCGAAGAAUGCUGGGGAUGAGUGAGAAUGACUACCAGAACUCUCUCAGCUCAGAGGGAUUCUACCUACAGUUCAUCAGCAACUCCAAGAGCAAAGCCAACUUCUUCUUAACAAAUGACAAGAGGAUUUUCUUGAAAACACAGGAAAAGCGAGAGAUAAAGUUCCUGCUGUCAAACCUUCGGUCCUACCUGCAACACAUGGAAAGGUACCCACACUCAUUGCUGGUGAAGUUUCUAGGUGUGCACAGCAUCAAGAUACCACAUGAAGGGAAGAAAUACUUCAUCGUAAUGCAGAGUGUAUUUUACCCUGAUGAGCGAAUACAAGCUCGGUAUGACAUCAAGGGCUGCCAGGUUAGUCGAUGGACAGAGCCUGCCCCCGAGGGUAGCAACAUCAUUGUAGUAUUUAAAGACCUAAACUUCGAAGGGAGCACAAUUGGCUUGGAUCAGCAACGAUCUUGGCUUGUUCGGCAAGUGAACAUUGACACAGAGUAUCUCAAAAGUCUGAACGUUCUGGACUACAGCCUCCUGGUGGCCCACCAACCAUUGCACCUCGACGAGCGGCGCCAGAGCUGGUCCCUUGCAAAUGUCAUCCUCCGUACCAAGAAAUCAAUGACCAGCGGAGGCAGCCCCAGUCACUCCAUUGGGACCCCAGUGCCAGGGCUGGUGGAAGAGGAAUCCACAGUGCUGGUGUCCGAGGUGGUAAGUGGCACGGACAAAUGCCACGUCAAGGAGGUCCCCAGGGUAACGUUGAGCUCAGUAGGCAGCAGUGGGUCGGAGAUGGAACUGGCUGAUGUCUCAGUCCAGAAUCGCCGGCUGCUGCCCAACUACAAGAACUCUUUGCACAUCAUUGACGGGGCCCAGACCCGCUACUUUGUGGGAAUCAUUGACAUCUUCACCGUGUACGGGUUCCGGAAGAAGCUGGAAUACCUGUGGAAGUCCAUCAGAUAUCGGGGUCAGUCCUUCUCCACUGUCAACCCUGACAGAUACGCCAAGCGACUGUGCCAGUGGGUUGAAGACCACACAGUUUAGAGCUGGGGUAGAUUGGGGGUGGAUGAUGGGGAAAAGUCAGGGGGUGACAGGGCAAGAGCUCGGAAGUUUUGAGUGAGAGUGGUGGGGCUAUUUUCUGCCACUGACCUGACAGAAGGUCACAGGGUGGGACUUUGACCUCUCAAACGGGGGGAGACGCAAACUUGUCAACAGGUGUAGUAGGGCUUGUGUGAACCAUCGGUGCCAGUAAUUGGGGGGAGCUGGCCUGUUUCUGUGCUGUAUAAUUCUUGGUGUAAAGUCUUCAAUAUUGCACCACUAGAGCAACUUUUAAAUCAGAAUAUGAGAAAGAAUUCUCUGGGCACUGCAUGAAAAAGCUGUCCAGACUUGCAUGAUGCUCUAGACUGCCUUAAAUGGAAGGAGAAGGGAAGCCAUUACCUUUGAGCCUUAAGCAUAGUUUGUACACCCAAUUACUCUUCCGUAACAUGGGUGAGGGUUGAUUUUUUAAAAUAUGCAUGCAGUAAAUCAGGGGUCCAGAGCCCACAGCCACUCCAGUCAACUCUCUCCACACAACCUAAUCUUCAAAUGUUAAUGCCUUUAAAGACUGAAAGUGCUGGUCUAGCCAACAAUCGAUUGAUGCCCAUUCAGUGCAGCAUCACCUCCAGUGGUGUGGAAUGGAGUAACUCCAUUUCAGGAUAAAGAUACCAGCUAAUGCCAAACCCAGACCACGAUCGAGCUUCUUGACACUUGGUGAUAAUUGAUUGUGCGCCACAAUAACAGCCUGGCCCCGGAACCAAUUUGCAGAAGUACAUAUUUCCAUUUUUCCUUGUGACAUGAAAGGAGGCCAUUUUGUCCUAUCAAGUCCAUGCUCUCCCAUUCCCACCAGGAAAAAACCCACACAGUCAGAGGGAGAAUGUGCAAACUCCACACUGGCCACACCGAAGGUCAGGAUUGAAUCAGGAUCACCAGAGCUGUGAGGCUGCAGCUCUACUCGCUGUGCCAGUGGUGCGAUAAGUAGAAGUGGUAAUGAUUGUUGAAAAUGGACUUUUGAGAGUUCAAGUUGGAAUGUCCUGUUUGGAAAGGGUGAGUAUUGCAGAUUCAAGGUACUUUUCAAAAGGGAUCAGGCAGAUUAUUGAGAGAGGAUUAUAUACAGCACUUUGGGGAAAGUCAGUGGGAAUAGGACUGUUCAGAAAGUUCGCAAAGAAAAGGUACAGGUAUGAUGGUCAAGUGAAGACCUUCUGUACUGUGUUUUUCUACCAGGUAAGUGGAUCAGUAACCCAAGGAUAGAGAUUUAAGGUAAUCAGCAAAAGAACCAAAGAGAAGAUGAGAGGUUUUUAAGCAAGUGUUGGUUUGAUCUGGAAUGACAUAAAAAGAUCAAAAGGGGUUUAAAUGUAAACUUGAAGAGGAAAUAGUAGUUUCCUUUCCCUCUAAUUAAUCUCAGUCGCUAUAGUUCAGUAAGGAAAUUGCAUUACAAAAUAAGAGUGCUUCCAUUGGCUAAUGAGGAGGAUGGGCAGAAAUGGCAGAGUUCAUUCAGUCACUCAGCAGCCUUCAACUGUCAGUCGGAUUGAUCCCCAAAAUGGGAAAUGUUGGAAAUGUACAAUAUCCAACAGCAGCUAAAAAUUCAGGUUAAUGGACUAGCUGAACUCCCUUUGUUGGCAAUGCCAGCUUAAAGAUUGAUACUCGGCCAUAUGACUUGUACUGUAUCCCCAAUGGAUCACAAAAUAUGUAAUUGAAUCAGGUGGUUCGAUGCAUCAUUGCAGAACCACCACAUUGUACCAUAUCCUGUCGAACCAUCACACAACCAGGAGCUCCAACAAAACAGCAGCUCUUCUACAUCCAGAUAGAACCACAAAACACAGAGAAACCUACCAGAACCACCAUACACACAGAACCACAGCAGAAUCAUCUCAUAUUCUACACCCUAAUAAAACCACUCAUUCACCACAUCUCAAUAGAAGCAACUCAUAUAUUGAACCCCAACAGAGUUACCAAAUAUACUGUACCCUAGUAGAACCGCUUCUUAUGCUGUGUCCUAAUAGAACCACUUCAUGUACCAUAGAAGCACAUCUACUGCAUCCCAAUAGAACCACUUCACAUAUUACACUCAAAAGGUACAAAUAAUUUGCAUUAUCAUUCCCAUAAACCCACAUGGCUCGUAGCAAACUCCCUUUGAUUCUUAUGACUUGUAUAUACCUUCAUCCUCCAUAAUAAUCUGCAGAACCACGAUUUGGAAGUUACCAUUUUUCUAAUUUGAUGCCACUCUUGACUCUGAACCAGGGGGUUAAGGGUCUUGGUCAAGAGGGUGCAAUAAAUUUGUAAAAUGUGGAAUCUCAGGCAUCGUAUAUAAUUAACUUACACUGUGCAAAUAACUGAUCAAAUUGUAUCAUAUUUGAAAACAUAAA